AUGGCAACCAGAAGAGGAAGAUGCAGUCAGUGUGGAAGGGCUAUACAAGUAGAAGCCUAUAGCUAUGCCAAUUCCAUGGCCAUGAUGUGUUCUGGUUGCCACUCUCAAGGUUUCUCCCAGCAACCUAAUUACCCUUUUGUCAAUAACAACAACAACAACUCACCUCCUCCGGCCGCCUAUGGGCGACGUCCGUCUUGGCCACAUACACUGAUGGGCCCACAAGUUUCAAUGACACCUCCUUCUCCAUAUGGUAACAAGAGGGCUGUGUUAUUUGGCAUUAGCUAUGGUAAUAGUGCUAACAGCCUUAAAGGUUCUCUCAAUGAUGUUCACAGCAUGAAGUACUUUCUCACUCAAAAGUUAGGUUUUCCUACCGAUUGCGUUCGCAUGUUCACAGAUGAACCUGGGGAGAGAAACCCGACCAGAAUCCCAACAAAAUAUAACAUGCGAAUGGCAAUGAAGUGGUUGGUUGAAGGCUGCCAAGCAGGGGACUCAUUGGUGCUUCACUUCUCAGGACAUGGAUCAAGACAAGUGGACCACGGCAUGGAUGAGGUUGAUGGCUAUGACGAAGCUAUAUGCCCUGUUGAUUAUGAGCGCGAAGGGAAGAUUCUUGACGACGAAAUCAAUGCUACAAUUGUUAGGCCUUUACCUUAUGGUGCCAAACUUCAUGCUGUCACCGAUACAUGCUUUAGCGGAACAGUUCUUGAUUUACCAUUCAUGUGCAGGAUGAACAGAAAAGGUUACUAUGGAUGGGAAGAUCAUAGAAGCCACAGAGCUGGUUACAAAGGAACCAGAGGCGGGCUAGCAGUUUGCAUUUCCGCUUGUGACGAUGAUGGAAGUGCAGCAGACACAUCGGCCUUCAGCGGCAUGGAAAGUGCUGGUGCAUUAACUUACAGUUUCAUCCAAGCCAUGCAAGUUGAACGUAAACUGACUUACGGUCAAUUGCUUAAUUCCAUGCGUUCUUCGAUCCGUGGCGCUAGAGAAGGAAUGUUUGGCCCGAAUCAGCAACAGAAUGUCAUGGACAACCGGCAGCAGUAUGCUCAUGAUCCACAACUGUCAUCUUCUGAGAAGUUCGAUAUUUAUUCGAAGACUAUUGCAAUAUGA